GGGAGGAGGGGCUGGAGGAAGCUCCCUGCCCUGGAGGGGUUCUCUGGCUACUGGAAAGUCUGGUCUUUUACUAGCUUGUUUGUUUGGUGGGAGGGGGAUGCAGUCCCUGCUUUCUCCCUUCAGUUCCUCUUUCUGCCUUUUGCCCUGGCUUUUUUGCUUUCUGCCUUUUCCUCCCACCCCACAAAACAUUUCUGUUUUCUACGUUUGUCCCUGCUUUUCUGCUUUCUCUCUCUCUCUCUCUGUUUUCCUCAGUGCCAGCAGGCUUGGGUAAAUACCCAAGCCGGUUAGCGAGGAGGAAAGGGGGGGACGUUGGAGAGCCUCACAUCAGAUGAUGCAGAUAAUUACAAAUGUGUUGUUUCCAAUGACCAUGCUGAUAUCAUCUAUACUGUGUCCUUGAUUGUAGCUGAAGGUCAAGAAAAGUUGGAUUUCAAAAAAAUGUUGAAAAAAAGAGGGCCUCCGGCUCCAAAGAAAAAAGAAAAGGUGAUUGAUGAGAAAGAAAUGCUGCAGAUCCUCUCCAAGGUACCCAAGAAGGACUUUGAGAAAGUCUGUAUGGAAUAUGGCUUCACAGAUUUCCGAGGGCUUCUAAAAAAGUUGAAGGAGAUGAAGAAAAAAGUAGAAGUUGAGGCUGUAAAGAUUCUGAAACCUCUGGAGGAUGUUUCUGCUAAGGUGGACACUACAGCAAUAUUUGACACUAUUCUGGAACUCAAGGACCCCAAUAUGAAGAUGAUAUGGUCCAAGGACGGUGAACCUUUGCGUCUUCAGUAUUCCCUUGGGAAAUAUGACACAAAACAAAUGGGCACUAAGUUUAUGCUUCACAUCACCAAUGUGACUCACAGUGACAUGGGCGUAUACUCUGUCCUAGUAGGUGAUAAGACACUAUCAGCAAGACUGCGUGUAAUAGAUGAGCCUCUAAAGUUUUUGGCAGAUCUAAAACCUUUGAAAAUAACUGAGAGGCAGACUGCUGUGUUUGAGAUCCGUCUUUCUAAGAAGGUGCCCAACUUUGCCUGGAAGUUCAAUGGGAAAGAGCUAAAGCGAGAUGAAAAGUAUGAGAUCAUCACAUCAGAAGAUGGAUUAACACAUACAUUGAAAAUUAAAGAUGUUCGCCCAAGCGACGUGGGUGAUGUUAGUUUUGAAACUGGAGAUCUAAUUACAAAGGCUGAACUUCUCAUUCAGCGAACUCCAAUUAAGUUCAUCAGAAAUUUAAAGAAUGUCCGAGUCAAGGAGAAGGGCAAAGCUUGCCUGGAAUGUGAACUGACCUCAAAAGAUGUUACCUUGAAAUGGCUGAAGAAUGGAAAGGUGAUUGAGAGAUCUAAAAAAUAUACCAUGACCCAUGAAGGGAAAGUAGCAGAACUGAUCAUAGAUGAUGCUGAAUUCGGUGAUUCAGGAGAAUACAUGGUGGUUGCCAUGCAAGAAAAUGACCCCACGGAGUACUACAGCAAUGCUAAUGUAACUGUGGAAGAGAGAUUUGCUACAGUAAAAAGUGGCCUGUCAGAUGUUCAAGGCCCAACAGGGUCUCCAGCAGAGCUCUGCGUUGUCCUGAAUGAUGAGAGGGUGGAAGGCGUUUGGCUGAAAGAUGGUAAAGAGAUUACAGAUAUGAGAGGAAUCCAGAUUGUCAAGCAAGGGGCAGUCCACAAACUGAUCAUUGACAAGAUGGGGGAAGAUUUUGAAGGGAAAUACACUUUUAGAGCAAAAGGGGCUGAGAGUGAGGCCACGGUCAGCAUUGCAGAUCCCCCUGUAAUUGAUCCGUCUGUCCUAGAAGCAUUAGCUGCACACCCAGUGACUGUGAAAGCAGGGCAGACAGCUUACAUCAAGGUACCAUUCAAGGCCAAGCCCUUACCCAAAGUCAGCUGGUACAAGGAUGGUAUCGAGGUGACAGAAGAGGAGAGGGUGACAAUGGAAAGAGCAAAUGACCAUGCACUGCUCACAAUAAAACAUUGUGUGCGAGAAGACAGUGGAAGCAUCAUGCUGAAGCUGAAAAGUGACUGUGGAUCAGCUAUUGCUCACUUGCAUCUCAAUGUUCUUGACAAGCCAAAACCACCACAAGGAAAAGUGGAAUUCCUGGAGAAAUCUGGGAAGUGUGUCAAAAUGAAAUGGAAAGCACCCAAAGAUAAUGGAGGCAAACAGGUGACUCACUUUAUCAUUGAAAAGAAAAUGGUUGGGAAGAAAUCGUGGAUCAAAGUCGGGGAGGUCGAAAGCAAACACACCACGUUUGCCACAGAUAAGGUAGAGGAAGGGAAGGCCUACCAGUUCCGGAUUCUGGCUGUGAACUCUGAGGGUUUGAGUGAGCCACUGGAGACAGAAGAAAUUUUUGCUGGAGAGCCUAUUGAUCCCCCUGGGCAGGCCUCUCAACCUCAAGUUACUGAUGUGACCAAGGAAGCUGUGACCAUCACCUGGAAUCCCCCAGCCCAAGAUGGCGGCUCACCAGUCAUGGGGUACAUUGUGGAAAGGAGGAAAAAAGGCAGCAACCUUUGGGUCCCUGUGUCCAAAGAUCCAAUUCAAGAUACUAAGUGCAAAGUGGACGGGCUAUUGGAAGAUACGGAAUAUGAGUUCCGAGUCAUAGCUGUGAACCGAGCAGGACCUGGACAGCCCAGCAGUGCUUCGAACUCAGUUGUGGCAAGAGAUCCCAUCAAGCCUCCUGGACUGGUGAAGGGUUUGCAGGUAGCGGACUCCUCCAACUCCAGCAUUUCCUUGACCUGGCAGCAGCCUGACGAAGGGGAUCCACCCUCAGGAUACAUACUGGAGAUGCGAGCUGCAGACACCAAGGAGUGGUCCAAGUGCACUAAGAUUCCAAUUUCUGGGACCAGCUACACAGUGGGGGGACUGCAGGAGAGGCAGAAAUAUUACUUCCGGAUUCGAGCUGUGAAUGAAGCUGGAGUGGGAGAACCGAUUGAGUUGAAGAACGGAGUUCUGGCCAUGCCCCCUCCAGCUCCUCCUAAGUUUGAUCUGAGUGCCAGGCUGAAGAGCCACAUGGUUGUUCGUGCUGGGACUGCCCUCUGUAUUCAUGCCUCCUUUACUGGUUCCCCUCCGCCAACUGUGGUCUGGCAAAAGGAUGGGCUUACCACCAGAGGGAGAGAAAGCAUCACGAAAGGCAAGAACCACUCCCAGUUCCUCAUCCACAGCACAAAACGCAUGGAUUCUGGACUGUAUCGUAUCGUACUGAAAAAUGACUUUGGGGAAGCUCACUACGACAUCCACGUGAAAGUAGCAGAUUUCCCACGGCCUCCUACUAACCUGCACCUGUAUGAGGAGGUGCCAAACACUGUCUCACUGAAAUGGGAUCACUCUCCGGAUGUGAAGGAAGAUGGGGGCGCCCACUAUGUAAUCCUGAAACGUGACACCAGCACUGCCACUUGGUACACAGCAGCAGAAAAAGUUCACAGCAACAAGUACACGGUCACAGGCCUGCUGCCUGGCAGGAAAUAUUUCUUCCGAGUCAUUGCUCGUAAUGAAAUUGGGGACAGUGAUCCUCUAGAUUCCAAGGAUUCCUGGCAUAUUAAUAAAGAUAAAGAACUUUUCCAUGCCAAGAUAAAAGAAUAUCACGAGCGAGACUGGCGCCAUGCCCCCCGCUUCAUCACCCCACUAAAGAAUCAUGCAGCACGCCGGGGCCAUGAUUGUGCCAUGAGCUGUGCGUUCUUGGGAAACCCACGCCCUGUCGUUACGUUGUACAAAGGCAAUGUCAACAUCACCGCCAAUUCUAAAUUCUGGUACAACUCAACUAGUGGGGUCUGCACACUGAUGAUCCCCACUUGCACAGCCAAGGACAGCGGAGACUACUCCAUAUUAAUUGAGAAUGAGCUUGGGCAGGAGAAAUGCAGCUGCACCUUGACAGUGUAUGACAAAGAUGAUAAAAGUCUUCUAGAUUUAGUGACUGACAGCCUACAGAGGAAACAUCUCAUGUGAGCAACAUCUACAGCAACACAUUUUAAAUUCCGCUCAACAUACAGAAUAAUUCAGAUGCUUUAGUUUUGGUGUGCUUUGCUUCUUAGCCUUUUAGUUAAGAUUGAGUGUAGUUUUGCUAUGCAUGACUUAAUCACUAUGACUGCACUAUUGCUUGUAGCCGUAACUUUAAAUGAGAAACUGGCACAUAGCCCUUUGUCUAUGUAUCUUUCACAAGGACAGCUGUGUAGUAAUUUGCCUUCAAAGCUUUGAGCGAUAUGUGAGUAAUAAUGUCAGUACUAGGAGACCUUUUACCUAGGAAAUAAAGAGCCAAAUAAAGCUUUUUGUUCUCCUUUCUCUUC